CGGCCCGCCUAAAGACUACGACUCCCGGCGUGCCCUGCGGCCCAGGGCCUGAAGGGCCCGGAUCCGGAUCUGCGGUGGCUUGCAGCUCGGGUGUGCGAGUGCGGGGGAGAUGGCCACGGGGACAGACCAGGUGGUGGGACUCGGCCUCGUCGCCGUUAGCCUGAUCAUCUUCACUUACUACACCGCCUGGGUGAUUCUCUUGCCAUUCAUCGACAGCCAGCAUGUCAUCCACAAGUACUUCCUGCCCCGAGCCUACGCUGUCGCCAUCCCGCUGGCCGCCGGCCUCAUGCUGCUCCUGUUUGUGGGACUGUUCAUCACCUACGUGAUGCUGAAGAACCAGAAAGUGACCAAAAAGGUUCAGUGAAGGCCCAGCAGGGCUGAGGCUGCUGGCCUUUCCUCUGCCUCCCCUCCAAAGGUGGGGUGCAUAGGACCCAUCCAGGCACUGCAGCCCCCUCCAGCCUGGCUGCCCUGCAGACAUCCCUGUGGGAUGGAGCUGUCUGGGACCUACCACACAGGCCUGCUCCUUCCCUGCUCAACCUUCCAGAAGCCAGGAGGGACGAUUACCUGGAAGCCUCCCCCUCACCCCUUUCUGGCUCAGGGCCUGAAGGAUGCCGGUCAUCCCUGCCUCACCUUCAGACUCCCUGUUGCCUUUUCCCCUGGGUUCUACCCUCUGGUUUCAGUUUCCCUCCUGUCACCUGCUGAUGUCGGACUUGGUAGGUUCUGAGGCAUCAUGCGACCUUUUCCCACAUGUCCUGCUCCUCCUCGGAGGCAGCUUUCCCAGGUCUGACAUUGCUCUGGGCCUCACAAAGCCUAAGGGGAGGACUGACAGGCUCUGGGGUUACCACCAGGCCUCAGGGUCCAUUAGGGUGGCCACAGUGGGCCCCCGGACCAACUGCUUCUCACAGGAGGCCCAGUCCCCCACCCCUAGCGCUGGCCUCUUGGGGAGAGCUGAACAAUAAACACUGAUGAUGUGUUUGUCUCUGUGCCGUCCCUGACCGGGGAGGCUGGGCUGCUCAGGGGCUGGAGAGGGGCUGUUCUCAGGUCAUGAGACUGGUUCGCGCAGUGCGCCUCCGGUGCCUCCCAGAUUGUCCCCGUGCUGGACCCAGGAGAAAGUGGGGACUGAAACAGAUGUGGCUCCAGCCUGGUGCAGCUCACGGAUGGGGAGUCGGCGGAGGCCUGGCAACGUGCCACACACCACAUCAGCCUCUACUGUGCCUCCCCUGCGCCAGCCCAGCCAGCGUGCACUGGUGUAUUUUAGGGACCCUCGGGCCAGUCCCCUAAAAACCCAAGUCCGUCGUCCAUCUCUUGUACCCAGAAGCCCAACCUAGUGGGGCUCCGAGCAGUGAGAGCUGGGAAACCAGAGCAGGGCUUCCUCUGGUCAGGAUGAGUCAUUUGGCACAGGCCCAGCCCUGUCUCCCCCCACCGCAAUCCCACCACACCCCCCGCCCCACGCAGCUGGGGCUCCCGUCCGCGGUGCGUGGUUUAAGCCUCUGUCACACCUUGGAUGAUGUGCACUCCAGUUAGCAGGGACGUGUCCCUCAUCCGAGAGCAGAGGCUGGCUGCAGGCACACCGCCCUGCCCUCACCUGCCCCCAUCCUCUUCCCCUGCUAUAGCAGGAGUAUCCUGUCUCCGAUGGUCCCCUUCUCAUGGGGACAGCCCCUGCCUCUCACCAGGCUCCUCCUGGUGUUCCAUGAGCAUGCCCAGGCCCCCACGUAAAGGACCCUCCGUCAACCCAAUAAUUCUCUCCAGGUCUCCCCCUCUCCCCUAAAUAGCCAGAUUCCCAAAAGGAUGUCCAGCCCGCUGCCUGCAGCUCCUCUCCUUCACUGUGUUCAGCAUCACUCCCGGAGGGCUGCACCCACUCAGACCCCCCGUGACCCCAUGUUGGCCUGUGACAUCCCCCUGGAUGCACCUCAGAUGCUCUCGGUGUCCGUGAGGACUCGUUCUCAUACUUUAUGUCUCCCACGCUCCACUUCCGCCAUGACGCGGUGGGCUCCUUGGGACUUGGUCACAAGCCUCACCCCACACUCGUCCCUACCCAGGCCCUCCUCCUCAGCCCCGCCGUAUUGCCCAUGCACCAGUUAACUGCCAUCGGAUGUCAUAGUGGCUCCUCAAAUUCAUCCUAUCAUGAUCUGAAUUCUCAGACUCCCCCCUCCCCAGUUUCCCCUCCCAGCCCCUUCCAUGACUGGCAUCAUCCUGUGGCCCUAACCCCAGCCAGAAGCCUGGCACACAUCACUGACCUUGGCUUCCUCCUCCUAGCCCCCGUCUGCAUGACCCCAAAUCCUGUCAGUUCUCCCCUUUUCUCGCCUCCCCCCACCAGUCACCUUCCUGAUGCAAAGGCUCCAUCCUCUGCCCUGAGUCACCCAAAGAUUCCUCCCCCCCAUACACACACUCUGGCCCCUCCAAUGUGACUAUACAUGACAACCAUGGCCUUUUAAGAACAUCUGAGCAUCUUUCUCAUACACAUAAGAGAACCUGAAUGCUUGUUCUCUUCUCACUCCAGCUCCCCUGGCCUUUCAUUUCUUGGGAUUCACUGAGGCCCUUUGCACGUCCUACUCACAUUGGUUCAGCAUAUACUUAUGAAACACUGGUUUGUGCCAGACACUGAGCCAAGAAGGGAGCCCAGCAUGGUUCCUGCCCUCUUGGUGCCUCCAUCAUGGGGGGGAAAUAUAAUAAAUAAGUGAA